AUGCAAACCAAGGAGGCCUGUCAGGACCAGUCAUUGAUUUCCACCAUAGUUGUCCCUAUUCUGGAGACUGUAGCAGCUCUGCUAAGGCAAGGAGAAGGGAUUCUCUUGAAUCCACACCAUGUGGCAUUGGCAUUCAGCAUUCUUCUAACGGUCCCUCUGGAUCAUCUGAAGACUGAAGAGUAUCGCAGUGUCUUCCUGGGAGUCCAUGAAGUGCUCUUCUCGAUCGUGCAGUGUCAUCCAAAGGUGCUGUUGAAAGCAGCACCAUCAUUUCUAAACAGUUUCCAUCGUCUGGUUGUUUCUGUCAUGCGUGAAGGACGUCAGAAGGGAGACAGAGGCAACACAGAUGAGUUUGAAGUUAUACUGAAGUGUGCACACUUGGUGGAACGGAUGUAUACUCAUAUCGCUGCAGAAAUGGAGGACUUCACUGUGUUUUCUGCUUUCAUUGCGGCUCAGUAUGUGACUGAAUUGCAGAAGGUGACACUGCACCCGGCUGUGAAGAAACAUCUCACAGAAGGGAUAUAUCACAUCCUUGACCUUUGCAUUGAACGGGACAUAAAGUUCUUAAAUAUGUCUCUACCAGCAGGUGUAAGGGAGGUCUUUAAGGAUCUGUAUAAUGAUUACAACCACUACCACAAAGCAAAAAAACACGGGGAGGAAAAGUAUACUGCGUGAUGAAUCCUGUCUGGUGCUGCACGAUGAGUUAUGAAUUGAUCCUGCAGUGCUCAGAAAAUCCU